GCCGGGGCCGGAGCAGGGGAGGCCGCCGCCUUCCUGUGAGCGCCGUGGCGGAGCGGGAGCGGCGGAAGCCAUAUUAUUCUGAGGGAGGGUGUGUGUUGGGGAGGGGGGGGCUUCUUCCCAGAAAACCCCAUCUCCCACCAGCGCUGGAUGCAUUGGCCUCUACGAGUGGGGAACUGGGCUGGACCCCCCCCCAGCCCCCCCAAAUAACCGAGGGGGUCCCCAUGGAGGUAGCUGGGAGGGGGCAACGCCUGCAGAUGCAGGAGAAGCUGCGGAUCCUGGAGGAUCUCAACAUGCUUUAUAUCCGGCAGAUCGCCAUUAGCCUCCAGGAGCCGGAGAUGCAGCGGAAGCUGGAGCGGGAGCUGCGGCUGCGGGAGGGGGCCCUGAAGCUGCUGGGGGCCUGCAGCCGGCCCGAGCAGGCGCUGGAGGCUGCCAAGGGGCUGCUGCUGUGCAACGCCCGAGUGCUGGCAUACAUGGCUGAGCUGCAGCGCAGGAAGGAGGCCCAGGUGCUGCGGCGGACAGCCCGGCGCCCCUCGGACGCUGGACCCAUGGACGAGCGCCUGCCCUGCCGGGGCACUGUCUGCGUCUCAGACCUGCGCAUCCCUCUGAUGUGGAAGGACACUGAGUACUUCAGGAACAAGGGAGAGCUGCACCGCUGUGCCGUGUUCUGCCUGCUGCAGCUGGGGGCUGAGAUCCACGACACCCCCAUGGUGCUGGUGGACCGGACCCUCACCGACAUCUGCUUCGAGAGCCCUGUCCUCUUCUCAGAGGCUGGCCCCGACUUUGAGCUGAAGGUUGAGCUGUACAGCGCAGGGCUGGCGGGGGGGGGCACGCAGGGCAGCACCCCCCGGAAGCUGGCGACUCGCCUCAGCACCUCCCUGGGCCGCUCCUCCGGCAAGAGAGUCAGGGCUGCCCUGGACGGGGGGCCCGGCAGCCCCCCUGGCAAUGGGGGCACCGGGGGCACCGGGCCCCUUCUGCUGCCAGCCCCCAACGUGCCGGGCCCCAAGUUCCACCUCCUGGCCCACGCUGUGCUGUCCCUGGCCGAGGUGCAGGAUGGGUUCCGCACCCACGACCUGACCAUCGCCAGCAACGAGGAGAGCUCCUGCUGGGUGCCCCUGUAUGGCAGCAUGUGCUGUCGCCUGGCUGCCCAGCCCCGCUGCAUGGCCACCCCUGUCAGCACCGGCUUCCUGCGGCUCCAGCAGCAGGGGUCGGAGGCGCAGGGUGGGACCCGGCUGUACUGCGUCCUGCGUGGCACCGACCUCCUCUGCUACCGCGGCCCCGACGAGGCCGAAGCUGGGCUGGAGCCAGCCCUCACCAUCGCCAUCAACAAGGAGACCCGGAUCCGGUCGACGGAGCGGGAGGGGCGCGGGCAGCCCCAUGGCAUGGCCGUCACCAACCGGUACGGCGGUGAGGAGGUGACCCACACGCUGGUGGCCGAGAGCCGGGCUGAGGCUCAGCGCUGGAUGGAGGCCUUCUGGCAGCACUUCUACGACAUGAGCCAGUGGAAGCAGUGCUGUGAGGAGCUGAUGCGUAUCGAGGUGCCGCCACCACGCCGCCCCCCUGCCAUGCUGCCACGCCAGGGCUCGCUCUACCACGAGAUGGCUAUUGACCCGUCCGACGACAUCGAGGCGGUGACCGACAUCCUGACACGGAGGGCAGGGGGCCGGGAGCCGGGACCCCCACCGUGGCUCUCGCUCUUUGAGGGGCCCCCUGCCCGCGCCCCCAGCCCCAGCCCCCCUCCCCGCCGGCCCUGGGGCCGCCCCCGUACCCUGUCCCUGGACGCCCGGCUCAGCACCUUGAAGGGGCGGGGGGGGCGGCGGGCGGACCCCAGCCUGCGCCCACUGCCCCCCAGCUCGGGUUCCUCUGGCAACUGCAGCCCGGCCCAGUCCCGGGUCUGAGCCUGCUGGGGGCACCCGCGGGACUCUGCAGGUUGUGGGGGACAGGGACACCUGUGGUCCUGUAGCCCCCAAGGUGGCUGUGGGGUGGGUGACAUCCCGGGGGAGAGGUCCUGCCCCGGGGUGGGGGCUGGGGGCUCCCAGCUUGUUUUCUUGGGGAGAAACUGGAAUUUCUGCCAACUGGGGCUGGGGGGGGUGGGACACGGACACAACGCUGCCGUUGCAAGGUGGGCUCAGGACUGAAACACCACCCCUCCCCACCCCGAAA